AUGGUGUCCCGUCUCAAGCCCAUCGCCCGCUCGCGGGUCGGCCCGGACCCGGACGAGGAUCCCAGCAUCAUCCCGUUUAGCCCUCCUCCGAUGCCGGCCAGCAUGCAAAUGCCGCUGCCACCGCUGCCUCCGCUCGUCGUCAUACUUCUCGUCUGUUGCUUUGGCGUCGUGAUGCGGAGGGCCAUCUACGCGCACAACGGACAGACGGAGCGGUGCCUCGACAGCUGCACUUGCCGCCGGGGCAGUUCGCGCGGUCAGAGGUGCGGAUCUUGCUGCGCCGGCACUUACAAGGCUUGCGUCUACCUGCUGCUGGUUGCCGUCACGGCUCUGACGGCUAUCCUGCUGACGCUCGCGUGUCUCGCCCUCGCCGUUGGCUACGGCGGCGAGUAUUGUGGUCGACGGGCCGCGGAUGGCGCGGCGGCUCUCUCUGGCGCGCUGGACUGGCCGCUCUCGCAGAACGACCUCGAGGGGCCGCUCAAUGCGACGGCGCUGAUGGAGUCGUCCUCGCUGAACACCUCGGACCUCUGCGAUGCCUACGCAUCCGUGGCCGCAGCCCGGAGGAAUGCGGACGCGCCAGUCGACGUAGCGUGUCAAGAGGCGUCGUUUGCGAUGUGGAUCGGAGUCCGGCUUGUCAAUGCGCCCCCUUUUCGGGCCGGCCUCGACGCCGACCGCUUUCGGCUCGACUGCUCGCAGCUCGCGUGGCUCUCGCUCCUCGCGGGGGCUUGGCGCAUCGAGCUGCUUGCAAUGCGCGUGCAGGGAACGAGCGAGGCGAGCAGAGAGGAGCUUCUGACGCCCCUGCAGUUUGUGCUGGGCGGCGCCGCCGGAUUGCUGCUCGGCGCGUCGCUUGCCUCCUUCUCCUACUCGCGCUAUUUGAUGCUGGGGCGGGCGCACCGGCUCAAGCGGGAGCGGGCGGCGCGAGAGCAGGACGCGGCGGCCGUGUCGAUCCAAAAGCACGUGCGUGGGAGUCGGUCUGAGUUUUUCAUAAGUCUAUCAGACAAGUGA